AUGUCUCCCAAGUCAGCUCCUCCGGACAUGGAGCAUCAUGUUUCUGGUCAAUCCAAUAAACCGCUAUCGCGUCCAGCACAUGCUUUGCAAGUUGACACGGUUAUCCAAGAGCUCAACACGACUCCAGCUACUGGUUUGAGUGUUUCCGAGGCAUCGCAACGACUUGUUGAGUAUGGACCCAAUGAUCUUGGUGAGGAAGAGGGUGUGAAGCCCAUCAAGAUCUUCAUUGAGCAGAUCUGCAAUUGCAUGACCUUGGUCUUGAUUCUAGCCCUCGCUGCAAGUUUCGGUAUACAAGCCUGGAUCGAAGGCGGCGCCCUUGCACUCAUCAUCCUACUCAACAUUGUCAUCGGCUUCUUCCAAGACCUACAAGCUGCUCGAACCGUCCACUCCCUCAAGUCUCUCAGUCUCCCGACAGCCAACGUCUUCCGUGAUGGGAAGACAAUCACGAUCCAAACAAGCGAAAUCGUACCGGGCGACAUCAUAGAUCUGAAGAUGGGUGACUCUGUGCCAGCUGAUAUUCGUCUCUUUGAAGUUUCCAACUUCGAGUCAAACGAGGCAUUGCUCACUGGAGAGUCUCUACCGGUGCGCAAGAAUCCUACGAUGCAGUUCGAUGACGACACUGGACCGGGCGAUCGCCUCAAUGUCUGCUACAGCUCUACCAUCGUUACCAAGGGUCGUGGUAGAGGCGUUGUAUUUGCUACUGGGGCUUAUACUGAGAUAGGCGCUAUUGCAGCUGCUCUGAAAGACACUGGACGGAAGAGGCGGGAAGUCAAACGUGACGAGAAUGGUAAAGCAUCGUUUCUAUCCCAUGUCGCCAAGUGGUUGCUCACAACCUACGAUGUUAUUGGCGAAUUUCUGGGCGUUAACGUUGGAACUCCCCUGCAGAGGAAGCUAUCACAGCUUUUCCUCUACGUCUUUGGCUUCGCGAUCGUCUGCGCCAUCAUUGUACUCGCAGCCAACAAAUUCGACCCACGCAAAGAUGUCAUAAUUUACGCUGUUGCUACAGCUGUGGGAACAUUACCUGUCUCUCUGAUCUUGGUCUUGACUAUUACAAUGGCAGCGGGAACGAAGCAGAUGGUGGGUCGGAAGGUUGUUGUGAGGAACAUGCAGAGCCUAGAAGCCCUUGGAGGAGUCACCAACAUUUGCUCUGACAAGACAGGUACUCUAACCCAAGGCAAGAUGGUGGUUAGAAUGGCUUGGCUUCCAGGACACGGUACUUACUCGGUGGAAUCUACGAACGAGCCAUACAACCCCCAAGUUGGGGACAUCAACUUUACUACAGUACAACCUACUGACCUGCCAGCACAAUGCGAGGACGAAAAGUCCCAUUCCAUCAGGCCCCACGAUGAACCUGCUGCCAACGAAGCACUAAAGCAUUAUCUCGACAUCGCAUCCCUCGCUAAUCUCGCGGUCGUGGAGAAGGGACACAAGGACGAUGGUACGGAAGAGUUGCUUGUACAAGGUGAUCCUACGGAGAUUGCCAUCCAAGUCUUUGUUACUCGCUUCAACUGGAACCGCAUGUCUUUAUCUUCCGGCCAGAAUCCACGAUGGAAGCAACUCGCUGAAUUCCCUUUCGACUCAGAGGUAAAGAAGAUGUCGGUAGUGUUCCAAGAUACUCUUUCAAAAGAGACGCACAUCUUCACCAAGGGCGCAGUCGAGCGGGUACUCAGCAGCUGCGUAUCUAUGGAGGAAUCUGGUAGAAUUGAGCCUCUCGACGAACCGGCAAAGGAAACCAUCCUGGCCAACAUGGAGGCAUUUGCACGUCUUGGUCUUAGAGUCCUCGCCCUCGCUAGUCGAUCUCCCGUCACUGGUCUCCCCGAAGAUCUCUCAUCAGCCAUCGACAGAUCUGAGUUCGAGAAGGACCUGGUAUUCCGCGGCCUCAUAGGCAUCUAUGAUCCUCCACGCCCCGAGACACGCGGCAGUGUGCAAAUGUGCCAGAAAGCUGGUAUCAGCGUGCACAUGCUGACCGGCGACCAUCCCGAAACCGCACGAGCCAUCGCCGCUGAAGUCGCUAUCAUCCCGUCCCCAGAACGAAUGCGAAUGGUCAGGAGGGAUGUCGCCGACACAAUGGUCAUGGCAGCUCAUGAUUUUGAUCACCUCUCAGAUGCGGACCUCGAUGCUAUGCCGGAGUUACCGCUUGUCGUGGCGCGGUUGCUCUCCCACGACAAAGGUUCGCAUGAUCGAGGCUUUGCAUCGCCGUGGACGCUACGUUGCCAUGACUGGUGA